AUGGCUCUUAGAAGCAAAGGCAGGAGCUGGUUCAAAUAUUUCCAAUAUGAUGAAGGCAGAGACUCGCCAAGCGACGUCCGAAAUAUUCUCCUGAUAGUUGCCACCCUCAUAGCGGCCGUGACCUUCCAAGCUGGGGUCAAUCCUCCCGGUGGGGUAUGGCAAGAUAAUGGCAAUGGACAUUAUGCAGGUAGAGCCAUUUAUGCAUCUCAAACAGUACCCUUCUACGUUUUCUUGAUCUCGAACACCCUCGCUCUUUCCGCCUCAGUACUUGUCAUCAUCUCUCUCACCUACAGGUUCCCCUUCCAUCUCGAAGUCAUCGUUGCCACGAUCUCGAUGAUCGUGACUUAUGCUUCUGCGGUUUUUGCUGUUACUCCACGUGAGUUCUUGAAGUUUCGUUAUGUCAUGGCUGCAGCUGCAGUCCCUUUUGCAAUUCGGUGUUUGAUUCAGAUGUUCAAUAAGUUUAGGAAGGAAUAG